GCGCAUGUAUUAACUUUACUUGCUGUCUCGGAAAUCUAGUCAGCUGAGCAAUUAAAUUAAAUAAAUGGCGUAAUUAUCUUUGACAUUGUUGUGGAAUUAAUUAAAGAUAAAUUAUAUUAUCAUGGGUAGCUUUCGACAAGGUUUUGGACGUCUUUCUCGCACUCUUAAUUGGUAUCCGAAGCAUAUGAAUUCGGGGAUGAAACAAAUGCAAGCAAAGCUUCGUUCUGUAGACUGUAUUUUAGAAUUACACGAUGCCAGAAUCCCAUUUUCCGGAAGGAAUCCAAACUUUGCACAAUCUCUUGUCGGUGAUAAGCCACAUAUUUUAGUACUGAAUAAAGUCGACCUGAUUCCACGUGAGACUGCUCGUGCCAUCGCGGCGUCGCCACUUAUCACCUCCUCAACGCCACAUAUUGUGUUCACGAAUGCUAAAAAUGAUCAGGAUUCGGGAAUCAAGAAGAUAACACCUCUAAUGCGGAAACUAAUCGAAGAAUCGGAUCGUUACCAUCGCACGAAUACGACUGAGUUUCACGCCAUGAUUAUCGGUGUGCCGAACGUGGGGAAAUCAUCGCUUAUCAAUAUUCUCAGAGCUAGGAAUAUGAAGAAAGGUCGUUCCCUGAAAGUCGGACCAUCCGCCGGAGUUACGAAAUGUGUCCAUGAAAAAGUGAAAGUUUCCGAAAAUCCUACAAUCUUCCUUUUCGAUACGCCUGGAAUUCUAACCCCUAAAAUUGAUGGGGAUGAGACCGGACUGAAAUUGGCAGUUUGUGGAAACCUGCCUGACCACGACGUUGGAGAGAUGUUAAUUGCGGACUACAUUCUUUACGUUCUUAACAGCCGGAAGAAUACUCGCUACGUGACCUGGAUGGGGUUGGACGGACCUUGCGACUGCAUCACGACAACCCUUACGAAAGCCUGCAUUCAUUUGAAUAUUAUGUAUACCGUCAAAGACUUCAAUGCAUCAGGUGGCCUCAUUAAAAAACCCAACUUUGACAUCAUGGCUAAAAUGUUUAUCGAAAAGUUCAGAGCUGGCGACUUUGGCAAAAUUAUUCUCGACGAGAUCGACCACACCGGAGUACACGAUUCCCAUGAAAAGAUGCACCUUCACCCCAACGAAACUUGGAUGAGCAGUAGUAGUUCUACGGGCUGAAAAAUAAACGACACUUAGCUAAUCAUCCUAACAAGAAGAAUUAAUUAACACCAUUAAGUUACGUAUAAUCAUGAAUUCUUAUGAAUCAUCGUUCGUUAUCAUGAGAAUUUAUGUAUUGUCAUCAUCAUCAUCACUUCCAUGAAAUAAAGACACGGUUAUAAUUUUA